AUGCGAAUCACGUGCCUUGUGGUCGAGCCGCAAACAUCUCUCCUCCGCCAGCGAGUGAAAAGUAUCGGUAUCGGUCUUACAGAUCGGGUCGAGGGUCCGUACGACUUGCGAAUCCAUCGUAUCUGGGCUACCAACGGGAUCAGCGAAGCAGAGUUCGAGGAUGAGAAGCGGAUCUGUGGUGCAGAUGCGCUGCCUAUUGAUGAGGGCGUCAGAACUGGCUGGACGGGCGACUCUCCUUCCGGCCAUCCUGACGACAAGGGUAGUCAACCGGGCGAAGGAGGAAAGACGAAGGGUUUAAAAGGGUUGCGCUCGGAGUGGGAAUAA